AGUAUAUUUCUACACGCCUCCAUACAUUCCAGACGAAGGGCCUUCGCCCGAAACUUCGAGAUUCUCCUUAUAUUUUUCAGGUAGUUGCAUCCCUACCAAAGAAAUUUUGUUCGUUCUCUAAAAUGUCUGGCCGCAUUUUGAUAUGCCCCACGUUAUGAUUUUUCAAAACACACACGUUCUACAGACCACACAUAUCAAAAUUUAAACUUUUACGUUCUAUAGACUAGCUACACCUUUUCACGUAUUAUCGGCGUUCACAUUUAUACAAGAAUUUUACUUAGGCCUGUUUCAAAUGUCGCAUUUUGCAUGUGUCGAAUUCAAUUGUUUGAAUUAUGUGCAUGCAAAAUCCGACGUCUGAAACGAUUAAAUGCGACGUUUUUAAUUGCGGUCGACCUUAACUUUAAAUUCGACCCGACCGGUCGCAUAAUGUGAGCUAAGUGCAAGCUAAAUGCGACCUGUUUCAGACGUCGCAUUUUGCAUGUGUCGAAUUCAAUUCUGCUAGGGUGGGGCUCGCGAAAAAAGUUUGGAACGAGGUAAAAGAAGGACGGCAUGUAGUGUUAAUGGAUCAAAUUUCGCAUGUAGGACAUAGAAUGGUAAUAAUUCCAUGAUUUUUGGGUGUUUGUGUGAAAAAUAGUCAAUAGCCUGAUGUGAUCGUCUAUAUACAAGCGAAAAUAAACUCGUGAACAAAAACAUUUAUACAGGACUACAUAGUAUUUUUUCGUGCUUUAAAUAAGACGAGCCACGUCUUAUUUCGCUGGUAUAGUCGUAUAAAUGGUCCUACUGACAUACUGUGUUUAUUUUUGAGCGAAACUUCGCUCUUGUUUUUUACGUUAAACCACAGCUAGGUUAAAAAAGAAAUGUCAAUCUAUUAAUUAAAACUAUCAAAGGGGCGUGUCUACACUCGACAACACUUACAAUUUCGAAUUAAAUGCAUGCAAAAUGCGACGUUUGAAUCAAAAUCGCUCGAAUGAAAUGCGAAUUGUAUUCGACACACGCAAAAUUCGACGUUUGAACCAGGCCUUAUUUUAUCACACAUGGCAUAAAUUUGAUGGAUUGUGACCAAAACAUGAGGCCAUUAUAUAGAGAAUAUUACAUGGUUGCUUGGAAAUGUGGAAUUUAUUUCUCGUUUUGAAGAGAAUAUUGCUCACGCCUGACCGUAAAUGCUGUUUAUUUUAUAAACAAAUUAUUAUUAUAAACAAACGACAGUUCCUAUACUGAAACUCAAAACAAAUAUGUAAAUAGUGACACAUUUCAAAUAACAAUGUUCAGUUAAAAAUGCCGUCAAUGUCUCUUUAAAAGCAUAUCAAAGUGCACAAAUGUACGUAUAUAAAACUAGUAAAUCAAAACGGAAAUUGUGAAGUAUAAAGAAUCAUAAAGUCGUAGCAAACAUACUUAGAUUCGCAGCCAAUUGUUCUGAUUGUCACCUUGACUGCUGUCGCUACUUUUCAAAGGAAGAAGACGACGAAACCUUUUGCUUUUUGGACUCUGUGAGACCGUUGUGUGGGACUCCGCUGAAUAAUUGGAGACAAUAUGCACAUUGAAUGUUCCUCCAAUUAUGUAACUGCCGUGAAACAGCGUUUUGGACGAAGUAGACGGCAGAAGUUUCGUCCUACGUUGAAUGGCUUCCAUUUCAAGGGUCACAACUUGUUUCAAGUUUGCUGACGAAUGUUCUGCAAAAUUUGCUGUGUGUGACGAGCUUGAGGACAAAAUGGUAGAAAUAUCUUCUUGCUCUUUUCUCUCUUAGGGUGUUAUAGUUAUUUACAGACUGCAAGUUCUUGUGGCCUGUAACCUGAAUUAUUUCAGUUGGCGGAACGUUUUUGUCUUGGAGUAUUUGUACCAUGAGUGUCUUUCGAGCACUGUGAUUAGUAAUGCGUUUGUCAAGACCAAUUUCCGCCAUCUCUGCACAAUCCUUCAUCAACGAAUUGAGUCUGUUUACUCCCAUUGGUUGGGGUUUAAACCAUUUAGUUUCCGGCAACGCUAAUUUGCUGGCACUGGUGUGGUUAACUGAUAGGUAGAAUGGAGAAUCAAUGCUUAAUGUCUUUUCGUGCCGUUUCGCCUUGAAAAUCUUGUACAAGUAAAGAGGGUUUCUUUCGGGAGAAACUUCAAGGUUUUCACAGGAUUGCCUCCAGGUCUUGUCUUUGUUUGUUUUUCAGUGCUGUAUUCAAGAUAUUCUUUACCGCUAGAGUCUGUCUUGAGAGUAAUGUCUCCCCACUUUAAAUCGCGCUGUUCUUUGCAGCCGCGAAGCUCGAAAUGCAUACAGUUGUUUAACCAGAUGCUGUUAACAAGUGCCUGAGGGCUAUUCAAGCCCAUUGCACCCUUUUAGUAAAGAGUGUCAAUCUCUUGUUGGAUUAGGGAUGAUGCUUCAUGAGGUUUAUUUCCCUCAGUUCCUUUGCGUUUUAAGUUCUUUCUGUUUCGACUUGAGAGUGUCUCUUGUUCUGGCGAAAUGAUGUCCUGUUAUAACAGAUUCACUAUGUGGAUGUUUCUUGAGAUAUCGUUCAACUGAAGACAAAAAACCACGAAGAGUAGUCGGCUCAAAUUCAUCACCGUCCUUUUUGCUUACAGCCAAGAGAAACUUUCUGAGGUAACUAUCUUGAUAUUGCAUUGUUUUUUGAGAAUCGAAAACAAUGAAACUUACAAAGAGUUACAAAGGCAAAGAAAAGAGUUACAAAAAACAGUUACAAAAGCAAAGAAAAGCAAGUGGGAAUGGCGAAUAUAACUUAAUUAAAAAAUAAAAUAUGUCAGAUGUCACACCACACAAGAUAUGAAGCCACAAUGUGUCCUGCUUAGAUUUUGACAUCUGAACCAAGCAAUACAAUAUUUUGAAAUCACCAAUUGCGUGCGCAAGACACACUGGGAAGGCGCAUCUAAUAUAGGAAGAGUAUCCGCUGAAUGUUUUGUUUAAGGGCGCGGGUCAAUGAUGCGUCCGACUCAUAGAUAUAGGAGAUCUAGAUGGCUAACGCAUACCUAGCGCAGGCGGGGCCUACAUGAUAAAUCCAAGAUGGCGGUACAACAGGGCAAAAAGACUAUAGAUUCUAUUACGAAAAUCAGGAUUUUUGCAUUUUUUGCCGUCGCAUUGUUUCGAAACUUAUUCGGUCAAAUUUUAUGGUAAAGAGAAACUUACCGCGAAGAUUUUGAGCAUAUAUAUGAUUAAAUUGGAUGAAAAAUCGCAAAAUUAUCCAGCGAUAAAAGUUCGUGUGAAAUGGUCAGUUGGUCAGCGUUUUAUUGCCAGAAAUACUGUGCUAUGUUAACAUCUAGCCUUGUGAAUGGUGUUUUAUACUUGCAUCUCUCAUCAUCAUCUGCUCUGUCCUCAUAAUUAUGAAAAAUGAACUGUUAUGUACCCUCCUUGCUUGUUAGAGAAGUAAACUGAUGAGAGCACUGGAUGAGGGUCUAUUAUCUAUGGUCUGUUAUAAUUUGCUUUUUAUGCAAAUAGUGAGCAAAAAUUAAAGCAAAACUGUACAAGUUACUUGUAUAGUACUAUAUCAGUACUAUACACGAACUUUUAUCGCUGGAUAAUUUUGCGAGUUUUCAUCCAAUUCAAUCAUAUUAUAUGCUCAAAAUCUUCGCGGUAAGUUUCUCUUUACCAUAAAAUUUGACCGAAUAAGUUUCAAAACAAUGCGACGGCAAAAAAUGCAAAAAUCCUGAUUUUCGUAAUAGAAUUUAUAGUCUUUUUGCCCUGUUGUACCGCCAUCUUGGAUUUAUCAUGUAGGCCCCGCCUGCGCUAGGUAUGCGUUAGCAAUCUAGAUCUCCUAUAUCUAUGGUCCGACUAUCAAUGAGGAGUCCGACUGUCUACGGAUAAAAAACUGUAAUACUCAUGGAUCUUCUAGCCAUGUCGCUAAAAAAUGUUUUGGCAAAAAACUUUUUGUAAGCCAAAAAGACAAAAUUGAAAAACUAUAAAACAUGUGUGGCAUUGCGUUUCACAACAAGUUUUCUGAUUGGUCAAACAUAUUUCCUACGCGCUUUUUGAUUGGCUUGCAAAGAUGAUAUUUUCACACGUAAAAAUAUGGUAUUUUUUGCGUGUGUUUAAAUACGAUUUUUCUCAGUGACCGAAACCUCUAUAUAACACUUAUGUUUAAAUAAUAAAGUAUCAUAUUUCACACUACAGUUUUAACUAAUUUUAUUGAUAUGGCACCAAUAUGGUUCUCAUUACCUCUAUCAAAACUUAAAAAUUAUAGUACGUACUUAUCUAUUAAUACUACGUUUUGUAGACAGUAAGUUUUAACCUUUUACCUUGAACUUGUUUUGUUUAUAUUCAGUAUAUUAUAAUUCACGAUUUAACGGGAAUUCAACGAUCCAAAUUUCUGAUUAUCAGAGUCGUGCACUAAGAAAAAGGCAUUAAUUAAACUAGCAAGAAAGUCCAGAGCUGGACACAAUGCAAAAUCCAUAGAGAACAGGUACAAUUCGUUGAAAAUUUUAACGAAAUUGUUUGAAACAUUUCGCCCACUUCACGAAUGACCGCCAUUUUGAAAACUGAGCCUGCGGUGCCUCGAUGGUUUGUCGAGUUUUCGUCUACGAAAAUACUACAAAGACACAACUGUCCAUUUUAAUACAAAUUUGAAUAUUUUAGUCAAAUAUUUCGUACGCCUAACCGUUGGGCUGCCCAUUAAUAAUAUUAUUAUCAGUUAUUGAUUCACUGGAGUUUUCUGAGUUUAUGACAGUGUAAUUAUUUCUAGAAUCAAGCAAUGCGUCGAAAUCACGCACAACCAUUUGGUAACUUUGCAUCACGAACUUGGACACGUACAAUACUUUUUGCAAUACUGGGAUUUGCCAAUUGUUUAUCGUGCUGGCGCCAAUCCAGGAUUCCACGAGGCUGUAGGAGACUUGAUGUCACUUUCAGUUGAUACACCCACGCAUUUACAAAGACUUGGAUUGUUAAAAGACUACAAAAGUGACGAUGGUAGGCUACAAUGUAGAUUUCAGUUUAUCUUAAUUUAACUUCAAGAAUUCAUCUAGUUGUUUCGUAGUAAGCGAGAUAUUGAUGUAUAGUUUAGUCUCAGAGAAUUCCUAUAGCUAGAGAAAAUCCUGGCCUAAACGUUCGUUCCAUAUAAGAGUAUGAAUUUUGGAGAAAAAAAAACACAUAAAAGAAGAAGGAAGAAAUUUUAAUGGAAGAAAUGAGGGGACGAAUAACUGCUAUAAUUAUAUAAAGCAAGUGUUAUUUAAGAAAGCCAAAUUAUAUACAUAUUAGAGCGAUAAAGAAAAUGAAAGGAGAAAAAGGAUCAGGAAAAAUGAACAAUGCAUCAAAAAGAGCUAGCUCCCAACAUACCGAGAUAAAAAACUCUUUUAAUUUAAGUAAAAAGUAACCAAACAGAAUACUCAAAAGCUUCAAGACAUGAAAAAGAUAAAUUAAUACUAACCCUAUAUUUACCACUUGCCUGCUAUGGAUCAUCCUUGUUACUUUAAGGGGCUUCGGUGGCCAAGUCGUUAGCGCACAUGCCUUUCACCUCUGAGGCUGCAGGUUUGAGUCUCACUAAGUACCUUCUCAGUGCGACUCGAACCCAGUCCCCAUGUGGAAAGAGUAAAAGUCAACGCUCUGCCGAAAGCCGUGGGUUUUCCCCGGGUACUCCGGUUUCCUCCCACAGGGAAAGUUGACAGGGUGGGUUAGGUAAAAAGGGCCCACAGUAAUUGGCAUAUGCUGUUGUGGUGACCCUGCCCUGGUUGGCAAAGCUAAAUAAAUAAAUAAAUAAAAAACUACCCUAGGUAAAAUUAUACAUAUUGAUGAAAUUUUAGAGGCAGAUAUUAAUGCACUGAUGAAGAUGGCAAUGAGAAAAAUAGCAUUCCUACCAUUCGGCUAUCUCAUUGACCAAUGGCGGUGGAAUGUAUUCAAUGGUAAAAUCAAAGAAACACAGUACAAUUCAAAGUGGUGGGAAUUGAGAAGUAAAUAUCAAGGUAUUAAACCACCUGUACCGAGAAGUGAGAACGACUUCGAUCCUGGUGCCAAAUUUCAUAUCCCAGAUGAUACACCUUACAUCAGGUUUGUAAGAUCAAAAUGCUUCAAUGUAUUACUCAACAACAGAAUAUACGGGAACAUGAAUUCAUAAUUUUUCCCGCCACUGACGCAGUCAAACAUCCUGCUGAUUUUAAUGUUGCAAUUGUAUAUGAAGUUAGAGCCGUAGAGACCUUUUUCCUUUUAAUUUAAUUAAUAUUUUAAAUUUCCCAUAUAUGGUAAGCAGAAGAAGAAGUAUGAACCAAAAAUCCUACGACACAGACUUUACUUUUAGAAUUGCGCAAAAAUGUUUUAUACUUAUCUAUGACAGUUCCGGUUGUUCAGAUAAUCACAAACAGGUGAAGCAACAGCGUAAACAUUUGCAACAAAGAAAUCCUAACAACGCACUGUAAAUAUCCGUUACAACAAUGAAAAAUUGUACAAUCUGUGUUAGUUUGAAGAAAGCCAGAAUAGUUCUUUAGAAAUAAAAUAAUCCGUUAAUUAUUUUCUCGUUUUCUUAAUAGAUAUUUUAUCAGUAAUAUCCUUCAGUUCCAGUUUCACAAAGCCGCAUGUGAAGCAGCGAAUUUCGAAGGUCCUCUUUUCAAGUGCUCAAUAUAUAAUUCUACAGCCGCUGGAGAGAAGAUUGCGUAA